CUCGUUCUCGACUUUUAGCUACAACCCAACAUUCCUCGCACAUCUAGACUGAUUCAAUUCCCCUUUCCAUGUGCCCUACGUUCCAGUAAACCAAGCACCCACACGGAUUCGGCCCCAGCAUAGCUGCGCGCGACCUGCCAGGCCACCUCGCCGCCUCGCCUCGCCCUCCUCGCUCGCUCGUCAAGUGGGCUACCUCUAUCGCCAACGGCCUCCACCCAUCUAGCAGCCCCUCCUCCCAAUGGCCCCCUCCAUCUCCUCCCUGACCACCCACUAUGCGCUCGUCAUCGACGCCGGCUCGUCCGGCUCGCGCAUGCAGAUCUACUCCUGGCGCGACCCGGGCCUCGAGCGAGAUGAGAUUGUCUCAGAGGUCAAGGAGGCCAGAGCUGCAGGCGCGGGCAAGGGCAGCGGCAUCGAGACCUCCAAGACUUGGUGGUGGUGGGACAGCAUAAAGGGCAAGGGCAAGGCCAGCGCGGCGGAUAUGGAACGCCGCGCGCUCCGCCGCCUGGUCCGUGUCGGCAAGGGCGUCGAGGGUGACGGCUGGGUCAAGCGCGUCGAGCCAGGCAUCUCGACGGUCGCGCCAGAGGAUAUCCCAGGAUACCUCCAGCCAUUGAUGCAGCACGCGCUCGAUCACAUCCCGCCCUCACAGCUAUCGUCAACGCCAAUCUUCGUGCUCGCGACGGCGGGCAUGCGACUCCUCAACCCAGAGGCUCAGAAUGCGAUCCUGCAAGCGACGUGCGAUACACUGAAGAAGGACUACCCCUUCAAGCUAAAUGAGGCGUCAUCUGCCGGACCAUGUGGCGACAGCGUGCGCAUCAUCUCGGGCGAGGAGGAGGGCAUCUGGGGCUGGGUGGCCGUAAACUACCUCAUGGACGGGUUUGGGCACGCGCCAGAACUAGCCCAUGCCCAAGGAGCCGUGGGCCACGACCAUCUCCUGCCCCUCGCUCCGCUCGCCUCGGCGCCGCCGGGAAGCAAGGACUCGGUCACCCCAGUGGACAUUAGCCACCACUCGCCGACGUUUGGUUUCCUGGACAUGGGCGGCGCAUCGACGCAACUCGCUUUCUCACCGUCGGCGGAAGAGCUCGAGCACUCCCGCUUCCCGAAGUCGGACCUCGCGACCGUGUCGCUGCGCCUGCUCUCAGGGGAGCUCGUGGAAUGGCCGGUGUUUGCAGCCUCGUGGCUCGGUUUCGGAACAAACCAGGUUCGAGGGCGGUAUGUCGAUGCCACUGUCGAGCAGUGGAGGACCGACUUCAAGGCAAACGGUGUGGACCCAGCAAGAACAGACCCUAUCGCCGACCCAUGUCUACCAACUGGGCUCAUUGUGCCGUCGCCCGACCCCACCAAACACCCCGACUUUAUCGGCACCGGUUCGUUCUCGGAAUGUCUAACGUCAUUGAAACCAUUGCUGUCGCACGACAAGCCGUGUCCAGCAAAGCACUGCUUGUUUGGCGGCCUGGCGACACCCCACAUCGACUUCCACCGCAGCGAUCAGCGAGGGUUCAUCGGCAUCUCAGAGUACUGGUACACUGCGCAGCAGGUGCUAGGCCUUGGCGGUGUGUGGGACUGGGCUGAAUGGGAGCGGGGAAUGAGCGGGUUCUGCGCACAGAACUGGGAGGAGAUUGAGACCAAGGUCAAGAGCGGGCAGGGCUGGCGCGGAGAGCAGAUCGAAAUCAACCGCCUCCAGAUGCAGUGCUUCAAGGGUGCGUGGAUCUCCAAUGUCCUGCACGAAGGCAUCGGCAUCCCCCGCCUAGUCGACAAGGGAGGCAGCGAUACCCUCACUGGAGGUGACCUGGGUGACACCAACGCCGAGGCGGAAAGAAGAGCAAAGGAGAAGGGCCUGUUCAACAAACCCAAACCCCACUUCCAGUCCAUGGACGAGGUGGACGAGACGGCCAUCUCAUGGACACUGGGCAAGGUUGUCAUCGAGGCGAGCCGGUCCGUCAGCGCGCUGAGCCCGCACAACCGCUUCCAGGCGCUGCAGGCGACCGUCACCGACCUCGGCCCAGCAGUCUGGGCCUACGUCGUGGUCGCGGCCAUCCUCCUCACGCUGGCCUUCAACGCGGUGCGGCGGCGCACGCGGAAUACGUUCCGUUCGCGCAAGUCGAGCUCUGCUGGGCUCAACGGCCGACCUCUCACCAGCAGCAGCUGGGUGCCGUGGUCGAGCGGCACGGCCACGCCCGAGCUGUACGCGCUCGAGGAGGGCAGCGGCAACCUCGGCGCACUCGGGUUCGAGGGCAAGCCGCGCGUACCCUCCGGCUCCGGGCGACUACGCCUCUGGUCCCGCCGCUUCACGCAGAUGCUGCGCCGUAGCUCCAGCUACAGCGGGCACGAGACGCCGCGCAAGCCGACAAGACACGCCAGCAUGCCCGUUAGUGGCUCGUACUCGCCCGGCCUGGGGUGGGGAUCGCAGCCCCCGAGUCCGCGCGAGGCGUCGGGCUCAUCCUCUGCAUUCUUUACCCCUGGGCUUGCGCGCUCGUCGCUCGCGUCAGCCUCCACGCGAUCAUUAUCAGGCAUGGAACAUGCUCCGGCGUCUGGCGGCACAGCGACCCCGACCAGUCCACCACGCGCAAACGGCAGAUCCAAGUCGGGCCCUGGACGACCACGCGCCGUACGCAGCACGAGCAAUGGCCUGCUUGAGCCUCAUGGUGGCGGCGGCGGAUGGAACGAUCCCCCAAUGGCGCUCUUUACGCCAGCGCCGUCUAAUCCGUACGAGAGUGCAAGCAGCGGCGAUGAAUACUCGACCAAGCCUGCCAGCGGCGUGCUCACGCCGACUGCUGGACCAGGAGGCGAGCACGCCCUCUCGCGCAACUCGAGCCGCGUCAACCUCACGGAGAUGGGCCAGGGGCUCGCCCAGCGCACAGCCAAUCGCGGCAACAACACGCCACAAAAGGCUGGCGACGGCGGCCCUUAG